AUGACUAGAAUUUCAAAGGAACAUAGUCUUUUUAACACCAUUAGAUAUGGUGAACCAAGACAUAUUCCUGAUACUUCUGAAGUCAAUGAGAAAUCUUUCACCGAUGAUGAUCAAAAAUAUCCAAUUACACAUGAAGUAUAUCCUGAUGAAAAAUCAAUCCUUGAAGGACCAAGAUACGGCAAAUCCAAGUUUAGAAGAUUCUUAACAAUGGCCAUGACUUUUGGGAUGCUUGUGAGUUUGUUUGUGUUCCAUCAUACUAAUUCCAUCCCUAAGUCUUUUGUUUCGUCCCACAAUUCAAACCCCCUUCCAUUGUCUCAGCAUUUAAGACAUCUUGCUGAUAACGGAUAUUCAGUAAGUAAAGGUGGUGAUAGAGAGAUUUUUGAAGUCAGAUAUCCAGAAUUUGCUUCUCCUAGCUAUGGUGAAUCAUUGACUUCUCAAACUUUACUUAAUCAUUAUUUUGGUGAUAGUUGGGGUAAACCGGCAAUUGUUGAUUAUUCUCCUCCAGAUAUCAAAUUUAACAAGGUGGUGUUGACUUUGAACACCACUUCUAAUGGUGUACAAUAUGAUAGAUUAGCUCAUUUCUUUUUCGAUGGUGUUCCCAUCUGGAGAACUUCCACUAUGGAACCUGGUGGUCAUAAAGUUCACUCAUCAUUUUCUAAAGAUGUAAGUGAUUAUACUUCAUUAUUUCAAUCUGAAGGAGAAUUGAUGUUCAAAUUGGAUAAUCUCAUGAACUCCAGAUUAACCGGAGGAUUCAAUGUCACUUUAACUGCUGAUUAUUAUUAUGAUAAAACAGUUGAAAGAAGAUUCGGUGGAAAUUCCUUAUCUGGAAUUUUGACUGAUAGAUCUGUUCCAAAAGUAUUUCCUUUGGGUGUAGGGAAUGAUGAUUCACUUCAUUAUUUACCAUUACAAGAUUUCAAAGUCAAAUUACCUACAUUAAGUUCUAAUACUACUAGAUUGAAAUUAUCAAUCUUCACAUCAGGUAAUGCUGAGGAAGAAUUUUGGUACAGCAAUGUUUUGAAUGCUAAUGUUAAUAAAUUCAAAGGAAACGGUAUUGAUUUAUUUGGCCAUGGACCUAUCAGAACCGUAUCAGUGAAAUAUAAUGAUCAAGUAAUUGCAAAUGCUAUUCCUGAACCAGUAAUUUUCACUGGUGGUUUAUCACCUGCUUUAUGGUCCCCUAUGGUUUCCACUUCAGCUUUUGAUCUUAAGGCCAUUGAAAUCGAUUUAACUGCUUUAAUCCCAAGUAUUGAGUCUUCUGAUCAUUUAGAAAUAUCUAUUGGUAAUGGGGGUAUUGAGGAUGGUUUAAUUGGAUCUAAUUGGAUCACUGCUGCUAAUUUGUUAGUAUGGGAAAACUCAAUCAUCAAAUCUUCUGAAAGUUCAAGUGUUAAAUAUGGCUUCAAAGAUGAUAAUUCUAUCAUCAACUUUGGUUGGGAUGGAUUAAAGCAAAUCGUAACUUAUGAAUCUAAAGCCAGGUUAGCUUCAAAUAUCACCUAUGAAUUAGUUAAUGGAACUUCAUAUGAGGUAUCUGUUAGCUUAGAUACUUUGGGUACCAUUUCUAAUAUUCAAACAUAUUCCAAAGACGGUACCCAUCAAGUAUUAGCUCAUAAUUCAGGUUUUGAUAAACAUUUUAAAAUUGUUGAUAUUGAAGGAACCACAGUUGUUGAUUUCGAUAACAAGUUCAAAUAUCCUUUAUUACUUGAUAUGAACUUAUCAGAAAUAGCUGAUGAUAUAAGUUAUGACAUUAAGGUUGUCAAUGGUUUGACAGUUCAAGUAGACACUCCUUCUUAUAGAGUAUUAAAACUCGAAGACGUUCAAAAUGGGACUUCUGUUUUCACUAUUUCUCCUUCAGGAAACCAUGGAAGUGGUAAAAAUGAGGUGAGAUACAAAUUAGAUAAUGAUAGAGCUGAUAUUCAUUAUUAUAGACACGUUAAAGUUGACAAUGAUGAGGGAAUCGAUUACGAUUUCGAAAGUUUUGAUGGUGAGAAGGAUUAA